AUGCUUCUUUCACCAUUACCUUUUGACAACAUGUGCAACAUAGUUCUGACAGCAGGUCUCUGCCUGGUCUUUGCCAGCUUGGGCUCUUCUGAAAGGCUGGUGUGUUACUUUAACAGCUUGGCCGAAGAUAGAGCAGACGCCGGGAAGUUCACGAUUGAGGAUAUCGAUCCGAACAAAUGUACCCAUCUGAUCUACGCCUUCUCUGACAUCAAUGAAUUCAAUGAGCUGGUCCCCACUAGAAGAGCAGACAUUGUCCGCUACCAGUUGCUUAAUGGGCUCAAAACCAGAAAUCCUUCACUCAAAACCCUGUUGGCUGUUGGUGGCCCCACCUUUAACAGAGAAAAAUUCACUACGAUGGUGUCAACCACACAAAAGAGAACAACGUUCAUCCAGUCUGCUGUCGCACUACUGAGAUUAUUUCAGUUUGAUGGGUUAAACCUGGACUGGAUGUACCCUGUUGGAGCAGGAGGAAACCCAGACAACAAGCAGAAAUUUACACUGUUGUGCAAGGAGCUCAAUGCUGCCUUUGAGACUGAAGGGAACGAACAUAACCGUGACCGAUUAAUCCUCACAGCAAGUGUCUCUGCUGAGAGAGAGGUCAUUGAUGCCAGUUAUGAAGUCAAAAAGAUUAUCAAGGACCUGGACUUCCUCAAUGUGCUGACGUUUGACUUUCAUGGCUCCUGUGAAAAUGUCACAGGACAUCACAGUCCCUUAUUCAGGGGAUCCCACGAUACUGGAGACAAAAUCUACUAUAAUACUGACUCUGCCAUGCAGUAUUGGUUGGACAAGGGAGCACCUGCACAAUUGCUUAAUUUGGGACUAGCUGCAUAUGGGCGAGCUUUUUCCCUCUCCUCUGCAUCCAGUGAUGUUGGAGCUCCAGCCAGCGGCGCUGGUAAAAAAGGCUGCUACACUGGUGAAGAAGGAUUCUGGGCCUAUUAUGAGACUUGCCUUUAUACUAAAGGGGCUACAGUCCACUGGAUUGCUGAUCAGAAAGUUCCAUAUGCCAUCACAGAAAACCAGUGGGUUGGAUUUGAUGACACACUCAGCAUUAGUACAAAGGUAACCAUCUUAUUUUCCUCGUCAUCCUCUCAGGUCAGUUACCUAAAAGCAAAAAGCUUUGGAGGAGCCUUUGUUUGGUCUCUGGACCUGGAUGACUUCAGUGGAAAGUUCUGUAACCAGAGCAAAAGUCCCUUCAUCAGCCACCUGAAUUCUCUCCUGGUUCAAUGUCCCUGUUAUGGAGUGACAGCCGGGCUGGUUCCCAAUCCCUCGGACAAAGAAUCCUUCUCCCACUACCACAACUCCCACCUCAACAACUUCUACUACUAUGAAUUGUAUUCAUGGUCCCGAAACAACUCCGACUACUACAACCACAGCUCCCCCCACCACAACUCUUACAACCACUACUCCCACAACCACUACCACCACAACAACUCCAACUUCCACUACCACAACUCCAAAGACCACAACAACUACUCCAAAUGCUCAUGA